UGCGGGCCGGGCCGAGCGGCGCGGGGGAUGUAGCGCUCAGCACCGCGGACAGCGGCGGGGCCGGCCGAGGCCAUCCCCGGGGCCAUGGCUGGCGUGCAGCAGGGCGAGAAGCAGCUCUUCGAGAAGUUCUGGAGAGGCACCUUCAAAGCCGUGGCCACGCCGCGACCCGAGAGCAUCAUCGUGGCCAGUAUCACCGCCCGCAAGCCGCUGCCCAGUGGGACGCUCAGCUGCCUGCCGUACCCUGCGGAGGACAGACGGCCCGAGAAGCUGAGCAGCUGCGUGGUCAGGGAGCCCGCCAGCACCAACGGCUGUGCCAAGGGGAGGGACAGACGAGACCAUGGCCACCGCAGGUCACGCAGCCCUUCGUGCGAUGGGGAGCGGCUACUGCCAGCUCGGGGGAAGAAGAAGAAAAAGAAAUCUAGCCGCAAGAAGCGAAGGAGGUCUCCCUCCUACAGCCCUUCACCUGUGAAGAAGAAGAAGAAGAAAAGCUCCAAGAAGCGAAAAAGAAACAGGUUAUCGUCAAAGAAGAGAAGGCACAGUUCUUCAAGCCCCAAAAGUAAGAGAAAGGAAGAAAGAAAACACAAAAAACACUCUCGUGGGCGCACCCGGAAAUCCCAUCGGCAUCGCCGCUGCCACUCUCGCUCAGAGAGCUCCGACUCCCACUCCCCCAGCUGCCGGAGCAGGCACAGAGCCAGGUCUCGAGAGGAAGGGCGUAAAACACGGCGACGACGCUCCUGCCAUUCAAAGAUCACGGCAAAGAGAAGCUCCUCUGCAGAGGUUCAGGCCAGCCAAAAAGCCAGCCAAACCCUCCCACUCUACAGCUUCCUGUCUUCUAAGGAAGUAAUCUCUCAGUCAGGGUCUUCUGCUGACCUCUUUACCAAAACAGACAGCCCGCCUGGCAACCUAGCCAGCCAGAAUGGAGAGUAUCAUGAAUAUGACUCAGGAAACGAUACUUCCUCCCCUCCCUCCACUCAAACGAGCUCAUCCAGGUCAAAGGACAGCCAGGAGAAAAGAAGUCUAGUCCAUGAUGGCUUUGGCCAUGCCUUCUCGUCCGGGAAGCCCAAACUGGCCAACAGCGAUAACAGCUCUGAUUCAGGAAAUUCCUUCACCAGUUGCUUUUCCCAGACCAAGGGAACAGCUUUGGAAAAUCUGUCUCCAGAUGCCCAGGGACAAGACCGAAGAGCAUGCCUACCCUCAUGUCUCGGUUCCUCAGAGGAGAAGAAGCGAAUCUUCCUCCCCUCGCCAGCCCCCAGCUCCCCGCCCAGGCCUGGCUCCCGCAGCUCCUGCAGCAGCACGGGCCGAUCCUCCCCCGGCUCCAGCCGCUCCCGCUCCUCGCACCACAAGGCCUCGCCCAGGUACUCCCGAAGCAGGUCCUGCUCCUCGGGAAAGAGGUCUUCCUCACGUUCCCCCAGCUAUUCCUCCAAAUCCUGCAAAAAAAGUCCUGGGAGUAGAAGUUCAAGGCCUCGCCGGAGCCCCAGUUACUCCCGCUACAGCCGUAGCAGGGACCGCGAGCGGGAGCACAAGUACAGCUCCAGCGAGAAGGAGUCGCACCGGGAGCGGCAGCGGCGGCGCCGCUCCUAUUCCCCCCUGAGGAAACGCCGGAGAGACUCUCCCAGCCACCUCGAAGCUCGGCGCAUCACAAGUGCCCGCAAACGCCCCAUCCCCUACUACCGUCCCAGCCCCUCCUCCUCCAGCAGCGCCGGCAGCUAUUCCUCCUGGUACAGCAGCUUCAGCCGCUCCCCGAGCCGCAGCCGCAGCUAUUCCAGCUACGGGACGAGCCGGAGCCGAAGCUGGAGCAGCAGCCGGAGCUCGGGCCCCAGGAGCAGCCGCAGCAGGAGCAGGAGCUAUGACUCAGGAGCCAGCUCCGACAGCCUGCGUCGUUAGGGAGUGCCACUGCUGGCUGACACCGGGUGCCGGCGUCACCGCCACAUUCCUGGCAUUCUCUGCUUCCUUCCCACCUACCUGGCCAUCGAUAGCAAUCAUCCCCGAUACUGACGUGGUGGCUUUGCCGGGUCCCCCUUCCCCGGUUCGGAGUAAGAGCCCUGGAGCGCCUGGUGCAGCCCCUCCGCCCCAGCGCGGAGUGGGUGGAUCAGCCCCAGCUCCCCAGGCCAGGCUGGAAGAAGGGUCGGUGCUUUAUAGAGGGUCUGUCACGACAGAUCUGCUCCAUCCUCCCCGAUGCUCCCAUCUCCCCUUUGCUACUGCUCUCCAAAGCACUACCAGCAGGUCCAAAGGAAAGAAUUCUGCUCCUUGCUCUUCUGACAAACCAGGAACCAACAAAUUAACUUCUGCUGCAGAGACAGACCCAACUGGGGAGGAGUUUGCUGGAAAGCUUCAGUGAUGGGGGAAUGGCUGUUCCCACCAAGGCAAAUACCAGGUCCUUUGGGUCUCUCCUCCAGAGCUGCUGCCCACUCUGCAGAGAAAAUAUUUUUUUUUUUGCCAGUCAGCCAGUCCCUGCUAUAAAUAGAAGGCUAGAAAUCCCUCCCGACGUACUUCCUGGGGAAAAAAAAGGCUGUUUGCUCUUUCUCCUGCCCUUUCCUACCAGGCAGCAGCACCUGUUGCAGGGUUGUUUUAUCCCCCCAGCACUGAAUUGUUUGCAAACCACCUGCUGAGGUCUGAAGCGGGCCUGGGGCUGGUGGGGUACAAGGCAGAGGGGAGGUGGUGCCGUGCUGUGCUCUGAGGGCCAGGCCACACAUGGGAGACAAGGGCUGUGUGCUUCCCCUCUUGGAGGAAGCCUCAGACAGGCUGGGUUUAGGUUCUUCUCCAGGGAGCGUUGCCCUCGGAGUGCAUUGCUGGUGGGAGCAGAGGUGCAGAGAUAGCAGCUGUGGGGUGCAGUCAGAACAAGCAGGGUUAAAAGGGCAUUGCAAGAGCCAGGGGACCCCAAUUUCCCUUCCUCAAAACACGAAGCAAUUUCAGGCAGGAUUCCAGGCCAUCGUUCCUCCUUGAGGCCCUCUGGCAGCCCUGGGGCAGGAUCAGCAGCACAGUUGCAGGGCGAGUGCCAGGCUGCAGCAGGAUGCACUGGUGCCCCAGUUUGUUACUGGGAAGCUGGAGCAGUGCAGGGGGACAGAAAGGGCCCCCCACUAAUUGCCUGUUUUUCCAGGGAGCUACAGGCUGCCCGGGGCCCUGGGGUUUUGUCUCCCUGCCAGCCCAGCUGCCUGCGCAAUUACUGUGUUUUGCCGGGUAACAAAGGCUUCUCCCAGCACAGGCUGAGCUGGUGCUGAGGAGUUUAUUUCUCUUACAACACCUGGGUGCUUAGAGACGCUAAUUUGGGCUUAAGACUUCCCUCCCUCCCUUUUUCCAUCCCCUCCCCUUCCAUCCUGUAUGAUUAUUAACAAGUUUGGGCUUAAUGAGUCAAGGAGGUGUGUGUUGUUUAAGUGUUACAGAAAAGGGCUGAGUGUAGCCACCAUCUGCAGGAGGAGAGGGGGUAGAAAGGAAUGCAACCCACCACCCACACCCCAUCUACAGAAUUACCUACAGGCCCCUGGCAGCUGGAAAAGGGACAAAGCAGCAACGGGAGGAAGGCUGAGUGCCACAAGCUGCUGUGGUGGAACUGGAUGAUCACCUCAGCAAGCCUAUAAAUCUGUUAUCUGUUGGAAAGUACAGCAGCGCAGGCAGGGAUUCCAUCUGGGUGGUACAGGAGGAAGUUUUAUGACAGGGACCUCUUUCCCAGGAUCUUUGCUGGUGUGGACCCCCUUGUCCUGUGCCUUCAAUGGCCAAAGCUCCCCUUUUUCCCAGACCUUCAUCCCCCGCCUUGCUUGCUGCAGGCAAUGUGAGGAUGAGGGGGCUGAGGCAGAGAGCUGGGCACUGCUAUGGUUGGUGGCUUAGUGGGGAUGGGUCCAUCUUCUGGAAAGACCCUUUCUAGGAUACAGAGAGAAGCGCUCCUGGUAGGGCUGAGCAAAUGCUCCAGGGCUGUGGUUGAGGGAUCAAAGACAGGAUGCCACUGCCUUCCCUCCUGCAGCGGCCCCUUGGCCACCUUCUGCAGUGAACUCCCUCUCAAAAGGGCUGAAAACCUCAUGCUUCUUCCCCAAAGAGUCUCUCCCAAUUUGAUGCUAAAAUUCCCCAUCCUUCUGCUCCCUGGGAAGAUCCAAAGGCAGUGAUGGGAACCCAGACCUCCCCAGCCCUUCCAGUGUUUCAGGAGCAGCCUCCUGCCCCUUGGCACCCCGUAACGCACGCGCGGAGCUGCAGCAAGGAAGCAGCGAGCCCGAAGAUCCAAAACUAGGAAAGGAAAGAAGAGGGGCUUUGUGCAACUGGUGUAAAUACCAAACUCACACUGACUGGAGUCCUCGUGGCUGGGGACAGAUGAUGGAAGCACCACACCAGGGUUGGCAGCAUCCACCCCCUGUGGGCCAGGAGAUGACCCCAAGGGUUGUGUGAGGCUGACGGCAGCUCCUGCACUCGUCCAGCUGAUCCCUACAUCAAGGACUGCCUCUGCCUGUACAGUCCGUGGCAGCUAAGUGCUCCUGGUGUUUCCCAAGCAGACUUGCAUUGGAGUAAACCUCUCUAAAAUAUUUAUUUAUUUAUUUAUUUAUUUAAUAUUAUUAUUAUUCUAUUUUUAAUUGUAUGUCAGAAUGGACCAGUAUUUAUUUAUU